UAAGAGAGUUUUAUCAUUGAUAAAAGUUUUAUCCGGCUCAAACAAUAUUGUCAAAAUGUGAUUUCAAGAUGCAUAAUAUACAUGACAACUUAAUACACACACAAGAAAGGAGAAACCGAGUUUAAGCCACGUUUUCAUAGGAAAUUCUGGAGCAUAAGCAUAACGUGUCUAGUUCUGUUUCGUUUCCUUUCCACGGACACCAAUUCUCUUCAAACACACUUUUACCUACAUAUUCUCAGGAAUCUUCUUGAUCCUUCUAUCUACCUCUCUGUGUCUACAGCAGCAUAAGCCAAAAGUUGCAUCAAGUGUCUUAUAACCUUUCCAUACCAACACAACAAGUUGCUCAGUCAAAGAUAGACGUCACCAUGUGUGUGCAAGAUGCAGAGCAAGUUGCCCCUGCAGAUAUGGAUAACAUGGGGAACACCAAGAACUCAUGGCCUUUGUAUCCUGAGAUUUUGAUUACUACCCAGAUGGAGAACUGGGAAAAAGGACCCUCUUUGAGACCUUCAAUUCAAAGUUCUUUUCCUCUGGAAAGCAUAUGUGAGGACACAGUGAUUGCAGAUAAGAAACAGAACAUGGUGAAUUUUAUACCUGCUCUUCGGUCUGGAGUGUGGUCUGAUAUUGGAGACCGCCCUUACAUGGAAGAUACCCACAUAUGCAUUAAAGAUUUGGCAAAGCAGUUUAAUUUUGAUAAACAAUCUAAGGAAGCUGUUUCCUUUUAUGGUGUAUUUGAUGGACAUGGAGGGAAGAGUGCUGCACAAUUCGUCCGUGAUCAUCUGCCAAGACUUAUUGUUGAGGAUGUUAACUUCCCUUUGGAGCUAGAGAAGGUGGUCAAAAGGUCAUUUAUGGAGACUGAUGCUGCAUUUUUAAAAGUAUCUUCUCAUGAGUCUUCCCUUUCUUCUGGUACAACUGCUCUAACUGCAAUCAUAUUUGGAAGGUCAUUACUUGUAGCCAAUGCUGGAGACUGCAGGGCUGUAAUGUCCCGUCGAGGAAAGGUGAUAGAAAUGUCCAAAGAUCAUAGGCCAAACUGCAUUAAAGAAAGAAUGCGGAUCGAGUCCCUGGGUGGAUUCAUUGAUGACGGUUACCUGAAUGGUCAGUUAGGUGUCAGUCGUGCUCUAGGUGAUUGGCACCUUGAAGGAAUGAAAGAAAUGAGUGAAAGAGGUGGACCACUGAGUGCUGAACCUGAACUUAAAUUGAUGACAUUGACCAAAGAAGAUGAAUUCUUGAUAAUUGCUAGUGAUGGGGUUUGGGAUGUUUUUAGCAGCCAAAAUGCUGUGGAUUUUGCUAGAAGGAGGCUACAAGAGCACAAUGAUGAGAAACUGUGCUGCAAGGAAAUAGUGCAGGAAGCAAUCAAGAGAAGAUCAACAGACAACUUGACUGUUCUGAUGGUGUGUUUUAACUCAGAACCGCCACCAGCUGUGGCUGUGGAUAGAAUAAGGGUAAGGAGAAGCAUAUCCGCAGAGGGACUUCAGAAUCUUAAAUGUCUGCUAGAAGGGUAGUGACAUUUUUCCAUGCAAAACAAAUGGUAUAGGUUACUUGUAGAGCUUAAUUAUGUACAGAUUCAUCCACCACACAGAAAGAACCAACUAAUGAUUGGCCUAGUCCCAACCUUUGGAGGAUGGAGAAAAAGAGCUGUAUGAAGAAGUGUCACUUUCUAGUAAAAUUAUAAAACUAUAUCAUUAUAAUUAUCUUUCCCACUGUGUGAUUGGGAAAGCUAGAGUGCUACUGAUAGGAGGAGAAAAGUAAUGUAUCAGAAACAAUGUGAUUUGUACAUAUUAUUGUUCACAUUCUAGCUUUCUUAACAUGAACAUUCUUAUACA